AAAUCUCGCCUCAUUCAUCACCCCCUUAUGGCUCACGCCCUCCUUUCUAUCGUCUUGACGCGCUUGGCUUCCGUUGUGGAAGAACAGAUUCGUGAUGAACUUACUCUGGUUCUGGGUGUUGAAGCAGAAGUCCAAAGCCUCACAGAUACACUCCGAUCCGUCCGAGAUGUUCUUGAGGACGCAGAGCGCAGACAAGUGAAGGAAAAAUCUGUCCAAGGUUGGUUGGAGAGGCUGAAAGACAUGGCCUACCAAAUGGACGACGUGCUGGAUGAGUGGAGCACUGCUAUUCUCCAAUUACAGAUGGAGGGAGCUGAAAAUGCUUCCAUGUCUAAGAAUAAGGUAAGCUCCUGCAUUCCCUCCCCUUGUUUUUGUUUCAAGCAAGUUGCUUCUCGUCGUGACAUUGCUCUUAAGAUUAAGGACUUAAAACAACAACUAGAUGUCAUUGCAAGUGAAAGAACCCGGUUUAAUUUUAUCUCAAGUGGGACCCAGGAGCCACAGCGACUUAUAACCACCUCUGCAAUUGACGUUUCGGAGGUAUAUGGUCGAGAUACGGAUGUAAACGCCAUAUUAGGCCGUCUGUUGAGUGAGAAUGAUGAAGAGAAAUCAAGGCUCUACAUCAUCGCCAUAGUUGGGACGGGAGGCAUGGGCAAAACAACUCUUGCUCAACUAGCCUACAACCACCAAGAGGUGAAGGCCCAUUUUGAUGAAAGAAUUUGGGUCUGUGUCUCUGAUCCUUUUGACCCAAUCAGAGUUUGUAGGGCUAUUGUUGAAACCCUCCAAAAAAAGCCUUGUAAUCUCCAUGAUUUGGAAGCCGUACAACAAGAAAUUCAAACAUGUAUUGCCGGACAGAAAUUCCUUCUUGUGCUAGAUGACAUGUGGACUGAAGACUAUCGAUUGUGGGAGCAACUGAAGAACACUCUCAACUACGGUGCAGUAGGAGGGAGUAGAAUUCUGGUGACCACGCGUAAAGAUAAUGUUGCUAAGAUGAUGGGAACUGCAUACAAGCAUCCAAUAGGGGAAUUGUCUCCGCAGCAUGCUCAAGUGUUAUUCCAUCAAAUAGCUUUUUUUGGGAAGAGUAGGGAGCAAGUCGAAGAACUAAAAGAAAUUGGUGACAGAAUAGCAGACAAAUGCAAGGGCUUGCCACUCGCUAUAAAAACAUUGGGGAAUCUCAUGCGCUUAAAAAAUAAAAAGGAAGAAUGGAAGAAUGUUUUGAAUAGUGAAGUAUGGCAGCUGGAUGUGUUUGAGAGAGAUCUUUUCCCGGCUUUGUUGCUCAGUUAUUAUGAUCUACCCCCUGCGAUUAAACGUUGCUUCUCAUAUUGUGCUGUCUUUCCAAAAGACGCUGAUAUUCGAGUAGAUAAGUUGAUCCAGUUGUGGAUGGCACAAAACUAUCUCAACUCUGAAGGAAGUAAAGAGAUGGAGACAGUUGGUAGAGAGUACUUCGACUAUUUAGCAGCUGGGUCUUUCUUCCAAGAUUUUCAAAAGGAUGAUGAUGAUGAUGAUAUAGUAAGUUGUAAGAUGCAUGACAUAGUGCAUGAUUUUGCUCAACUUUUGACUAUGAAUGAAUGCUUUAUUAUGAGCGUUGACAAUGCAGAAGAAGAGAGAACAAAGAUAUCCUUCCAAACAAUUCGUCAUGCCACCUUAACUAGACAACCUUGGGACCCGAACUUUGCCUCCGCUUAUAAAAUGAAGAAUCUACACACCCUCUUGUUCGCAUUUGUAGUCAUUUCAAGCUUAGAUGAAGACCUACCUAAUUUCUUCCCGUAUCUGACAUGCCUAAGGGCAUUGGAUUUGCAAUGGAGUCCUUUGAUUGUGAAACUUCCUAAUGCACUAGGGAAAUUGAUACAUUUAAAAUACCUUGAUUUAUCAUAUUGUGGAAGCUUGAGAGAAUUGCCUGAAACAAUUUGUGAUUUAUAUAAUUUACAAACCUUAAAUAUUUUUGGAUGUGUUUCUCUUAUACAACUACCACAAGCAAUGGGUAAACUUACUAACCUGAGGCAUCUGCAAAAUUUGCUGACUACUCUAGAGUAUUUGCCAAAAGGAAUUUCAAGAUUAACCUCUCUUCAAACGUUGAAUGAAUUCGUUGUAAGUAGUGAUGGUGACAAUAAAUGCAAAAUAGGAGAUUUGAGAAACUUGAACAACCUUAGAGGGGCACUUGGAAUAAGAGUGUUGUGGAAAGUGGAAGAUGAAAGGGAGGCCCAAAAAGCAGAAUUGAAGAAUAAGAUACACCUCCAACAUUUGACUUUGGACUUUGAUGGAAAGGAGGGGACGAAGGGUGUGGCUGCAGCUCUAGAACCCCAUCCAAACUUGAAAUCUCUAUCUAUACAACGGUAUGGUGAUACAGAAUGGCAUGGUUGGAUGAUGAGGUCACCAUUAACCCAGCUGAAAAAUCUUGCACUCUCGUAUUGCAGCAAAUGCCUACGUAUGCCUCCAUUGGGGGAACUUCCUGUCCUAGAGAAGCUGGAAAUAACGGAUAUGGGAAGUGUGAAACACAUUGGUGGCGAGUUUUUGGGAUCAUCAUCAAGAAUUGCAUUUCCAAAGCUGAAGAAACUCACUUUUCAUGACAUGAAAGAGUGGGAAAAGUGGGAAGUAAAAGAAGAAGAAGAAGAAGAAGAAGAAGAAGAAGAAGAAGAAGAUGAAGAGAAAUCAAUAAUGUCAUGUCUUAGUUACUUGAAAAUCCUUGGAUGCCCAAAGCUGGAGGGGCUACCUGACCAUGUGCUCCAGAGGACACCAUUGCAGGAACUAGUCAUCGCAGAUUCCGAUUUCCUACAGCAGCGCUACCAACAGGAUAUUGGAGAGGAUCGACAAAAAAUAUCUCAUAUCCCAAUAGUCAAAUAUGAAGGGGAGUGAAGAUUGGUCAUCACACUUCACUCUUGUCGCUCAUGUUACAUGCAGUUUGAUCAUGCUUGGAUUUAUAGUAAUGGGAAGCAAAUUUUCUAGAACCAGAGCAAGUCUACCAUCUCCGCCGGAUUUUCUGCUGAAUAAAUGUAAGAUGGUGAUGUAUGUAUGUAUAAUAAGACUAUUUUGACAAUUGAUUGUAAUAAAUGCUUUAUGUAAUCUUCUAUGGCUGUCUAGAAAUUUGAAGUUUUUCCCUUUA